CAGUUUUCAGUGUAAUUUUCUCCUUAAAUCCUCCUGCUUGGCCUAGGUCUCAAGGAACGAAUCGUCAUUGUGGAGGUGUACUUAUCACUAAACGCCAUGUACUAUCAGCGGCCCACUGUUUUCAUGACAAUGACGAAGACUGCACCAAUUCGGACUGUAUUAGGUUUGGAGUACAUGAUGUACAAGUUUACUUGGGGGUCACUGAUUCCAGCAAGUCAGGCUAUGGAAAACUGAGGAAUCUUGAAAAACUUGAUAUUCAUCCAGGUUGGGUGAUGGAUGGAAUCACACAAGGACAUGAUUUGGCUGUUCUUACUUUGAAGACCUACGUGGAAUUAGAAUGCUACUUAACCAUCAAUCCUAUCUGCUAUCCAUACGCACCUAAACCAUCAGUAAUUGGAAAGACUGCAUUUAUUAUAGGGUUCGGAUUAAAAAAACUUGGGACUCCAACAACAAGACUUCAGAAAGCAAAUGUCCAAAUCACAACAGAGAGGUGUGAUGAGUGGAACUUAAGAGGAAACCAACUGUGUGCAUUAGGAAACCCAAUAGGCAAUCAACGCUUGGCAGACACCUGCUCAGGAGACAGUGGUGGUGGACUGAUAAUAUCUGAUGAUACCACUGAUAGAUAUUUUUUGGUGGGAAUUACAUCAUUUGGAGAAGAAGAUUGUGGACAUACAGGUAUACAUCUUACACGUCUAAAAUAA